CGCCCCGCGGCCGCGGCUGCGGACGCUAUAAGAGAGCGGCGGUCGCGGCGCGCCCUGCGCGGAUCCCGGAGCGCGAUGGUCAGCCGCCGCGGCGCGGCAAGAUGCUGGAUGGGUCCCUUCUGGCGCGCUGGCUGGCCGCGGCCUUCGGGCUGACGCUGCUGCUCGCCGCGCUGCGCCCUUCGGCCGCCUACUUCGGGUUAACAGGCAGUGAACCCCUGACUAUCCUCCCUCUGACCCUGGAGACCGAGGCUGCGGCCCAAGCACACUACAAGGCCUGUGACAGGCUGAAGCUGGAACGCAAACAGCGUCGCAUGUGCCGCAGGGACCCAGGCGUGGCUGAGACACUGGUGGAGGCUGUGAGCAUGAGUGCACUGGAGUGCCAGUACCAGUUCCGCUUUGAGCGCUGGAACUGCACCCUGGAGGGCCGCUACCGAGCUAGCCUGCUCAAGCGAGGCUUCAAGGAGACUGCCUUCCUCUAUGCCAUCUCUUCUGCGGGCCUGACCCAUGCAUUGGCCAAGGCAUGCAGUGCAGGACGCAUGGAGCGCUGUACCUGUGACGAAGCCCCUGACCUGGAAAACCGUGAGGCCUGGCAGUGGGGUGGCUGUGGAGACAACCUCAAGUACAGCAGCAAGUUUGUCAAGGAGUUCCUGGGCCGGCGGUCUAGCAAGGAUCUGCGAGCCCGAGUAGACUUCCAUAACAACCUCGUGGGUGUGAAGGUGAUAAAAGCUGGAGUAGAGACUACCUGCAAAUGCCAUGGCGUAUCUGGCUCCUGCACAGUGAGGACCUGUUGGCGGCAGCUCGCACCCUUCCACGAGGUGGGCAAGCACCUGAAACACAAAUAUGAGACAGCGCUCAAGGUGGGCAGCACUACCAAUGAAGCCACCGGCGAGGCUGGUGCCAUCUCUCCACCACGGGGCAGGGCCUCUGGGUCAGGAGGUGGUGACCCACUGCCCCGAACACCAGAGCUGGUGCACCUGGAUGACUCUCCCAGCUUCUGCCUGGCUGGCCGCUUUUCCCCUGGCACUGCAGGCCGCAGGUGCCACCGUGAGAAGAACUGUGAGAGUAUCUGUUGUGGCCGUGGCCACAACACACAGAGCCGUGUGGUGACAAGGCCCUGCCAAUGCCAGGUGCGCUGGUGCUGCUAUGUAGAGUGCAGGCAGUGUACACAGCGAGAGGAGGUCUACACCUGCAAGGGCUGACCUGAGGCCCAGUGGCCCUACCGUAAGGGCUAGGGGCUUUGCACACAGUACCUGAAGAGUUCUACACCUGCAGGAGCUGACCCCUGGGCUCUGCCCAGCCCUUCUACAGGGGUGUAGGCGUUGCACAUAGUGCAAGGGCUCUUAGCCUGCAAUAGAGUAAGCCCUGCAGGCCCAGCCUAUCCUGCUGUGUGGGGCACAUGUGUCACAACAACACAAAAGGUCUGCAAGGAAGGAGAGGUGCCCCUAGCACACUUGGGCCCUGGUAUGCGUACAGCUGGUUGGCUGUCUAACUUCUCAAAGGCCCAGAGGGAGGGCUGGCCCCUGUCUGGCCUCCUCAACCCUUUUGCUUAUGCCUUGGGCCUGAGCUUCCUCCCCUUGACCCGAGAGCGUUGCAGUAAUGCUUUCUCAGUUUCUCAGUUGCCUCCGUCUCUGACACAUCAGUCCCGAGUGUAGCCCUUGUCAGGGACCAGUGUGUUAACUGGCCCUCCCUGCCUCUCGGCUUCUGCUGAGGCUUGGAGGGCAGGUGCACCUUCAUAAUCACACGGCUGCCGUUCUGGCCCAGCAGCCUGAUGCCAGCACUGUCUUCAGAGAGUCAAACCACUAGGAGAGAGCAGCCACUCCAUCUCCAGGGCCCAGCCUCUGGCCCUCUGACCCUGAGCACUUCCUUGGAGUAUCAGUGACUUUUAAAUUAUUAUUAUUUAACUGAUAUAGUAAUUAUUAUUUUCUUUAUGCCCUUGCCUCCUAAUCUGUGGCUUUUUCCUUUAACCUGCCCCAGGCCCAGCCAAGCCAACCUGGGAGGCCCUGCCUUCCUGUUCCUCUGUACUCUCUUCUGCUUGCUCUAGUUUGAAACCACUAAAUCAAGGUCAUGUUUGGAAAGAAAGCAAUGGAGCCUAGCCAUGGCCCUCAGGGCUUCUGGAAACCCACUCCCCCAUUCUACCUUACCUGGGCGUUAGAGGCCCUUAGUGUGGCCCCUGCUCUGUACCCUGUAGGUGUUGUGACCAGGUUGUUGGAUAUGGGUUGUGGGGUCUAGAGUGCUGGAGGCAUGGGCCUUGUGACAGAGGCAGGAUUAGCUUUCGAAUGUCCAUCUCAGGAAGCCACACUUGCUCUGUGUCACCAAGGAAGGUAGGGAGGGACAGACACACUUGCUGUCAUCAGGUCUUGCUGAUGUCUUUGCAGGGGAAAGGUGGCUACACUGAGCUGGUGAGGAGUGUGUGUGCAUGGGUGUGUGAGUGUGUGAGUGUAUGUACUCUGAGCAGUCAUGAUCAGCAUCCAGUUGGCCUGCGCCCCUCUGCAAUAUGGUGACUCUUUGGCUCCCAGAAAGCCCGGCCUUAGGUUUGUGUGGGAAUCCCGUGGCUACAUAGAUUGGAGCGUGGGCUGGUGGCAGGCAUGGAGAAAGAAACUACUGAGGAAGGAGUGGCUCCCUUGGAGCUCCAGGAGUCCAGAAUGCCCAAGCAUGGGGUGGUGGUAGGACUGUGUCUUAAAAGGAAACCUAUUUAUGUGGAUGAGGGCCUCUGGUCCCUAUUGGAAGUGUAAAUAGCAAAGUUUAUUCUCCUGUGGUUCAUGACAGCCUACCAAUGAAUGCCACGUUUCCAGGAUGAGGGUAUGAGUGGCAGUAUGCAGUGGCUGGUGGCUGGGGAGUGCAGCCAGCACUUCUCAGCUGUCUGUAAUCCAGUCACAGUGUCACCACAGACUGGAGCUUUAUCUCUGUCGGAUCUGGGGAAAGGAGCCUACCAGUUCAGAGGAAUAUUUUUUACCGAAUACCACAUUUAGCUCUAUGUCCUCAAUAUUCAGAAAAGGAUUUUUUAAAACAAGGCAGAAUGAGAAUGUCUGCCGGCUGGUUUUUUUCUGUAUAAAUAUAUACUAGAAUGUCUUUCUGGAUGAAGCAACUCCCACAGGCCAGAGCCUCUUUGAUCUUCUUCUCUUCUAUGGGCAGUAGAGUGAGCGGCUGCCCUGCUCCCGCGGCCCGGCCACCCAGGGUAUGCUGGCUCUGAGGCUUACUGCUGGCCCGCCUGGCCGGGCAAUGGACCCACAAGGGAGCGCUGUCUUUGUGUGGAGUCUUGUGCAGCCUGUGAUUUCUCUACCUCAUCUGUGUGGCGAGUAGGUGUGAACCUGAGUGACUGCAGAGAAUGUAUUUAUUUAACAGCUUUGUGUAACAAAACCAGAAACAAAUGGAAACACUAAAUAAAUGUAUUUUAAAUUAUACAUAA